AUGUUCAUUGAAAUGAUAAAAGUCAUUGUACAUAUCAAAGUACCUUCCAAGACUCUAUAUCUUCCAACCGGCGACUACCUGGAGACCAUCCUCCCAUGGUAUCCCAUACCCUAUUACAGAAAACGCGUAUCUAGUUCCAGCGUUCACAAACGAGCCACGCGAAGGGCGUGGCGAAAGACGAUUCUCGCGGAUCCCGGAUCCAGGGAUAGGGAUCCCGUCGCCGAGUAUUCGGUGAACGUAUCCGCUUGUCCUUCGACGAUUCUGCUGGUUCCUGGUUCGAAGACACCGGUCGCUGGCUCACUCGUCCCCUCCGCCAUGUAUAUAAGUCAAAACGGGAUCGGUAGCAAGGUGCACAGGCCGAACAGUCCUUCGACGAGCAAGGAGGUUCGAGCGGGAAUACACACUUAUCGUACGAUGCAGUCUAUGAUUCCAUUUUUCACGGUUCUGAGCCUGGUCUCGGCCAGCCGACUGACCUUGCUACCCUACGCCUACCUGUCAUCACCGUUUCCGGUGUCCCAUCACUUCCAGGACACGAGGACAGGCGUGCACGCUUACAGUUACGCGGGUGGUCCAUCCGCCAAGGAGGAGAUCAAGGACGCUGAUGGAGUUCUAAGAGGAUCUUACAGCUACAUAGACGCGAAUGGUAUCCUCCAAUCCGUCUUCUACGUCGCGGACGACGACGGUUUCCGCGUGGCAGCGACUAAUCUACCUACAGACGAGAACGUGGAGGCUGAACAGUCUCACAUCCUCCUAGCCAGGAGCGCGGACUCCGAGAAAUCGAGUCGCAGAAGGCGCAGCAUCGAGGAAUCUCCUGAAAAUCCUGGCCAGAAGGGCAUCAAGGACAACGUCGAUCAAGGAACGAUCUCGAACUCAGCCCAGAAAGCGACGACAGCCUCUUCCUAUCAACAGAACGAAUCGCAAGACGAAUCGGAUGAGAAACAACCGAUCGUAACGAGGAGCGUGCUCCAGCCGGUGAUCCUAUCCGGCGAUAUCCCUCUGGCGACCUCGCAUCAGAGUCAAGUUCAAGUUCACAACAACCAGCGUAUCGAUCUAACGCAGGAUAAACCGGUUGAACGUCAGUUGAUCCUUUCAGCUCCUGCCAUAUUGCAAAGUCUUCCAGUACUGACUCGGGUGCCUUCUUACCACGAGAACCGUAUCGAACUGCACAAACAGUUGGGCAUAGAGGGAUCCAAGCCUAAGGACGCGGUCAAAAUCGACCCUGAACCCAUCACCGUCGUCCCAUCAUCUUCUAUCGCUGUUCCAUUGACAUCUACGGUCAUCGCGAAGGAGAGUGUUCCAGUUCUACCGGUCAUCUCGAACGAUCCUCUAGCAGUGAUCCCAACUGGUCAGCUGGCAAGUUCUUCGGUCACCGCGUCCAUCUCCAGUCAUGGAGUCAGUCAAAUUCAUGGACCGUCCAGGGAAGCCAUCGCCAUUCCAAAUUUAAUCGCUAAACCUUCCAUCCCCAUUGCUACUCUGAGCAAGAACGUUCCAAUCUCUGGGCCUAUCAUCGGCAAGGAGAUUCUUCCAGUGGUUCCAAUCGCUAAAGAAGGUAAUCUAGCUACGGCAACGGUAACCACGUCCAUUUCCAGCCACGGUGUCAGCCAGAUUCAUGGGAAUUCGAAGAUCGAGCCAACGCUGCUAGUCAAAACCACGCCGAUCGCACAGAUUCAUUCGCUUCUCGACGUACCGAUUUAUCUUCUCGCUACACCCAUAGCGAACGUUUGGCUGAGUCCCAUAGGAUCUUUGACGCCAUUGAGGCAAUUUCACAUACAGGAUGGCGCCGGGGGAUAUCAUUACUCAUUCACGGGGCCUCAUCACGCCAAAUCGGAAUCCAGCUUGAACGGAAUUACACAGGGUGGCUAUUCUUACGUCGACGCGAAUGGAGUACUGCAAACGGUGACUUACACCGCGGACGAUGAAAAUGGGUUCAGAGUGAGCGCGAGCAAUCUUCCGCAACCACCGAAAAAUCAUCUCCAAACUGUUCAAGACACCCCGGAAGUGGCCACGGCGAAGAAGAACCAUUUGGAGGAGCUGCAAAAAUCGCAGCUGAGGGAUCAAUCGAACUAUCAAUCGAAUAUUUUAUCCUACAAGAUUCUACCCUCCUAUUUUAGCGUUGCUCAAUUGGAAAAUGAUAACGAGAAGAAUUUGGCUGUUCGAGAGAUUUCAAGCACCGCCAAAAAUCCGUUUCUUCUACCAGCCUCCGAGGCUCAGAGGAUCAAAGUCCCUAAACCAGAUCACAGUCUUUUAAAAUCAUCGCCAAAAAAUCCAUCGUCCAUUCAAUCAUCUCAUCAGAGGAAAAAUGAAAUUGUUCAGGAGAACACCCUGCAAUCAGGCAAACUGGUGACACUGAACAACGUUCAGAGGCCUGUGGCCGUUCCUGGAUCCUACGUACUUCCGGUUCUACCUUACAGAUUGCUUCACAGCGCUCUCCAUCACACUCAAGAUUCCUUAGGCCAGUACGAUUACACUUAUGCGGGUGAUUCUAGCGCGAAAACUGAAUCCAGGUCUUUGGACGGUACUACGAGAGGAGCUUACAGUUACAUCGACCCCAAUGGCAUUUUGCAGCAGGUCCAUUACGUGGCUGACCACAACGGUUUCAGGGUUCUGGCCACCAAUUUACCGGAAGCUAAAUAAAGACACCCAGAGUGUCGCUCGAGGAAAGGAAAUUCCGAGUUUCUUUCCUCCGAAAGUGGAUUAGGAUUUCAGAUGAAAAUGAAGAAUUUUUGUUUUAUUACCUUGAGUGGUUGGAAUAAAAAAUAUUAUUAAUUAUUGUAAUUAGAAGCAUCAGAAACGUGGACUAAGGAAUGCAAU